CGCAGCGAUGUGAGGUGAUCGCAGAGAGGAGGGGGGGAGAGAGAGAGAGAGAGAGGGAAGACGCAGAGGGAGCACACUCAGCCCGACACUCAGCAGCAUCAUGGCACCUAUCGGAUUAAAGGCAGUGGUCGGCGAAAAGAUUAUGAAUGAUGUAAUCAAGAAGGUGAAGAAGAAGGGAGAAUGGAAGGCACUGAUCGUGGACCAGCUGAGCAUGAGGAUGUUGUCGUCCUGCUGCAAGAUGACAGACAUCAUGACAGAGGGCAUCACUAUCGUGGAGGACAUCAUGAAGCGACGAGAGCCUCUUCCCAGCCUGGAGGCCAUUUACCUGAUUACACCCACGGAGAAGUCUGUCCACACCCUCAUCGGAGACUUCAAAGACCCUCAUUCAGCUAAAUACAAGGCGGCCCAUGUUUUCUUCACUGACUCCUGCCCAGAUCCUCUCUUCAACGAGCUGACGAAGAGUCGCGCUUCCAAGACCAUCAAGACUUUGACGGAGAUCAACAUCGCCUUCUUGCCCUACGAGUCUCAGGUCUACUCUCUGGACAAUCCAGAUGCCUUCCACAGUUUCUACAGCCCCCAUAAGACCCAGCUGAAGAACCCAGUGAUGGAGAGGCUGGCUGAGCAGCUGGCCACGCUUUGUGCCACCCUGAAGGAGUACCCUGCUGUCAGAUACCGAGGCGAGUACAAGGACAACGCCACCCUGGCCCAGCUGGUUCAGGACAAACUGGACGCCUACAAGGCUGAUGACCCCACUAUGGGAGAGGGUCCAGACAAGGCGCGCUCUCAGCUAAUUAUCCUGGACCGGGCGUUUGAUCCAGUCUCUCCUGUCCUGCAUGAGCUCACCUUCCAGGCCAUGGGCUACGACCUGCUGCCCAUCGAAAAUGACGUCUACAAGUAUGAGACCAGUGGCAUCGGGGACUCUCGUGAGAAGGAGGUUCUGCUGCACGAGGACGAUGACCUGUGGGUGAGCCUGAGACACAAACACAUAGCUGAGGUUUCCCAGGAAGUGACUCGUCAGCUGAAGGACUUUUCUGCCAGCAAGAGGAUGAACACAGCUGGGGAGAAGACCACUAUGAGGGAUCUGUCCCAGAUGCUGAAGAAGAUGCCUCAGUACCAAAAGGAGCUCAGCAAGUACUCCACUCAUCUGCAGCUCGCUGAGGACUGCAUGAAGCAUUACCAGGGAACAGUGGAUAAGCUGUGCCGUGUGGAACAGGACUUGGCUAUGGGCACGGAUGCCGAGGGAGAGAAGAUCAAAGACCCGAUGAGGGCUAUUGUGCCCAUCCUGCUGGAUGCCAAUGUCACUACGUACGACAAGAUCCGCAUCAUCCUGCUCUACAUUUUCCUCAAGAAUGGGAUUACGGAGGAGAACCUGAACAAGCUGAUCCAACAUGCCCAGAUUCCCCCAGAGGACAGUGAGAUCAUCACCAACAUGGCUCACCUGGGCGUCCCCAUUGUCACAGAUUCAACCCUCCGCCGAGGAAAGAAGCUCGACAGAAAAGAGCGUGUGAGCGAGCAGACCUAUCAGCUGUCCCGCUGGACACCCCUGGUCAAGGACAUCAUGGAGGAUGCUAUUGAAGAUAAGCUGGACACCAAGCACUACCCCUACAUCUCUACCCGCUCCUCUGCGUCUUUCAGCACCACUGCAGUCAGUGCUCGGUACGGCCACUGGCACAAGAACAAGACUCCAGGAGAGUAUCGCACUGGCCCGCGUGUCAUGGUCUUCAUCAUCGGCGGCGCGUCCUUCAGCGAGAUGCGCUGCGCUUAUGAGGUCACACAGGCCAAUGGGAAGUGGGAAGCCGUCAUUGGUGCCACCCACAUGCUCACGCCCACCAAAUUCUUAUCGGACCUCCAGCACCCCGACUUCCGAGAGUCCACUAGGGUGUCCUUUGAGGACGCAGAACCCACAGCCGAGUGAGGCAGAGAGAGAUUGGGAGGGAGGGAGAGAGAAAUCACACUGAAAAAAGAUCGACCCACAUCUUCACCCCCACCAGCCUGCUGGAGCAGCUCAAGGCCAUGAACAAACCAGACGAGGAAGUUGCAAGCUAAAAUCCUCCACUCACCUCUCCUCUUUUUCGUUUAACCUGGCCCCGUUCUCCUCGUCCUACCUCUGCGUUAAUUGUGUAUGCAUCCUGCUUAAGAAGACGGCUUAAAUGAUUAAAAAAAGAUAUGUAUCAAAGAAUAACAUUGGUGCAAGUAUUCCCACGUUUUACAAAGGAUGCAACUAAAUGAUCUAAAUAAAAAAAAAAGUUUUAAAUAUCUGAACAGAAGGCCAUUUAAGAAUCAAAGAACCAAAAUGUAAUAUUCUAUGCUAAAGACACCAGUGCAAAAAAGGUAGACGUUUUCUCCUGUUUGUUCCUUUGGGUUUCCUACUUGGGAGUUUUAAUGGAAGCGGGAUGAGUGGUUUGAGAGGUUGACCUUGUAAAAUAUAUAUCGGUCAACAUGCAAUACAUAAAGAUUUCAGAGAGGAGUUCCCCUGCCCGUUUGAGAUGUUCGUACACAGUAGCAUGCUUGGACUUGUGUGGACUGUUGAUGUGUUUGUAUCCAUUGUGGAUGUUCUGGAAGCCGCAGAAUUAGCACCUAGCUUUUUCCCUAAGAUGUUAAGCUUAAAUACUUUAGCAAAAACCUUUUUGUUUUGAGUAUCGAAAGAUGUAAAUGCACACGUUGAAAGAUAUCAGACCACUCCUGAUGUUCUUCACUGCUCAAUGGUUCAUGGGUAACACUGCAUUACUCUACUACAUCGUCUGUGACAUAUGGCGUGCAUAGAAAAUGCUAAACUAAACGUUCGUAUGCGCAAGCUGCUCCACUGAAGAGGUGCUGAGACCAGUGAAGUCGGUCCGGUUGGGUCUCGUACUCAAAGCCUUGGUUUUGGUUGAAGUAUUUGUGUACAGUGCUUGCUUGAGGAGACAAAGAAAACCGUUAAAGCCAGAAGCAUCCCUCCUCUGCCUGUCCAGACUAAAGUAUUUACUUGCCACAAACUUUUCCUUUUCCUGGAGAAACUUCACGUUUUGAUGUCAAAAUGCUUGCUGAUAUUUAAUGAAUAAAAAAAGGGCCAGUUGUAUUUCAGUAUUGUAUCCUGUCAGAUGAAGUCUUCUCAUCGGUUAGUAAUGUUUAAUUGGGCCAUGCACUGAGUAGUGUUGUACAUGUGUCAUAUGUUGCUGUCUCACUGUUGUAAUAUUUUAGACUGUGACGUAGUGAAACUUUUCCUUUAAAAAUGUCAAUGUAAAGGCACCGUGUUUGUGACGUUUUAGUUGUUAGUUGUCAACUGGAAAAAUAACUAUACUUUGCCUGUUUCAUCCUCUGGUGCAAUGUAAAACCCUUCGCUUGCAAAUGGCUUUGCAAAAAUGAACUUCAAUCCACUGUUUGCUCUCCUUUCCAAACAAGCUGUACAUUGCAUUAUCAUGCGUUUUCUGUGAUGCAAACGCUCGUCUGUUUUUUUUCUUUUAUAAUUUGCUGUAUAGGGUUGACUCUUAAAAUCAAUUUAUAUCAAAAUUAUUUAUCAGAGGAAAAAAUAGUGACGCAUUAGUCAGUCUUAAAACUGUUUAACUUAUUGGGAUUAUAUGUUUGAGUGUUGAAGCACAAACAAUACUUCCAUGUACAUGUAUUUAGUAUGUACUAAGGCUGUCUAAUAAAUUGGCUUCCAUUAA